AUGGCGCCUCGCCACAUCAAUCCCUGUUCACAUCAUCCCCUAGUCUCCUCUGCUGCUGCUGCUGCUGCUGCUGCUGAUGCUGCUGCUACCGGUAUUGGAGCUGCUGCCUCCGGAAGAAACCGCCCGGGUCCGCAGCGCAGCCGUGGAACUGUUCAUCGACUUCACCAGCUUGCGAACUACGCGCAACAAUCCCGUCGUCUGCCUCUCCGUGCCACGCUGCUCACGCUUCACACCGGUGGCAGCGUUGCGGCGAUCGCGUGA